UCGGGAUUAGAUAUUACGGACACGCGACAACAACAGAUAACGCUUCGGAUACUUAAUACGCUUAGGGGUCCUCAAUCCUAUCAUUCGUCAAUGUAGCGUCGUUUUGUCAACAGCACUCAAUCCCACAUUGUCCAUCACCCCAGCCACGUUGGCCCACUCCCACCUCUCCCGACUCCUCCCCCAACGUCUCCCCGCAACCUGGCGUCCGCGUGCCAAAUCACCAAUUCCUCCCUCUCUUUGGCAAAAAGAGCGCACAGCCGGCUUGGCCGGCACGCCGAUAAUGGCGACGCCCCCUAAAGAUAGGCCGACCUCGGCCUCAUAUAUUCCCGCGAGCUUAAUGCAGCUAUCACCUUGGGGUUCGAAAAGCGCGACGCCCAAACCACAGGCACAAACGAGCUCAGAAGGAGCGGUGCAGGCGGGUGAGCCGCAGGCACAGGGGCUCCAGAAAGGGGGUGAUCAUAUUGUCAAUCGGCUACAUUGGUUGAGCAGAAAGGUGUACCCGGAGGAUUGUCCUCUGCUGACGGCACAAUGGUAUCAUGCUGUAGAUGCACCAAAACGUAAACCCUUCACUACAGAACCGGCCCCGAAUGAGAAGCCCCAGGUCCCGAAGAAAUACACCCCCUUUUCCGCAAGUGACUCCAGGUCCAUCGAAGCGUCAUUCCAGAGGCUAGCAGACGAGGAGGAAACGAGAACCCCUGGCCGGUUAAGAAGCGUGUCAGCGGAAAAUCCGAACGAGUCGCCGAAGGGUACCGUGCCAGUGAAUGAGGACUACUUGUUCGAUGUCGAUAUAGAAAAGCGCGAGCUGGCUCCUGCAUACUGGUUGGGACCUGCGUACGACGUGCGACGCGGUUCGUGGUUUUUUGUCGAUAGCUCCGGUCCCCGGCCAUGCGAUGAGAACUUGGCUACCCAACUCGAACAGGGAUAUCUCAAGAUUGCUCCCUGGAGGACUCCGUUGAAAAAAGCGGCGACCGAAAAGGCAUCCUCGCAAACGAAAUUGAGACCUACGUCUAUCAGGGUUGAAGAUGGUCCGUUGAAGAAUCGCGGAAUAAGGACAAAUUCCGACCCCCCGAAAAAGGAGGAGGAAGUCAAUAACGCGAAAAAGGAGGAGGCAGUGGCCGAACUACAACAGAACGCUGGCGGCGAAAACCCCGCCUCCAAGCGCACGGUACGACUUUUUGGCGAUCACAUGAAGUCAGUUGUCACGUAUGAAGAUGCAAUAACGGCAUGGAUUAUCACAGAUGAUUUCCUAGUGCAAUUGAGCAGCUCAGUAUACGAGAGGUUCGCCGGGGGAGGCCAUUUCGCCGGCACCAAAGUUGUCAGGGGUUAUGAAUCCGCGUUAAAGAAAGAGCUGAAAGAUCCGAAAGAUGGGAAGGGUGGGAAGGAUUCGUCGACGCAGCCAGCAUCCACCGAAAAGCCUGAAGUUCAGCCGAUAGAGACGGAUAUUUCUGGAGACGUGGCUGUAGAGAGAGAGGAAAAUAAUAAAUCGCCGCAUGAGAUGAGAAGGGAAAACCUACAAAGACAACUGUCAAAUCUUGUCACGAAUCCGAGUGUCCCAGCGAAUGAAGAGGAGGCGAUCCGGAAGCAGGAAGAGAAAGAGAUCACGAACGACUACAAAAUGGAGGACGAUGAGGAUCAGGCUCGUCCGAUUGAGCAUCUUAUUCUCGUCACCCAUGGCAUUGGCCAGAGGCUUGGGCUUCGACUGGAGAGUGUCAACUUCAUUCAAGACGUCAAUACCUUGCGAAAGACGCUCAAGACAGUAUACAAUGACUCAGCGGACCUCCAGGCUCUGAAUUCCGAUUUAGAAAAGGAUCUGAAGAAUAGCCGAGUCCAAGUCCUCCCCAUCUGCUGGCGACAUCUCCUCGACUUCCCCAAACAAAGUCUCCGGCACAACCGCGAGGAACACGAUUUGGGCGAAUCCGACUACUCCGAGGAAGAGUAUCCUGAUCUUGAGUCUAUAACCGUCGACGGUGUUCCUGCAGUGCGCAACCUGAUCACCGACCUGGCUCUCGAUAUUCUUCUAUAUCAGAGUCCCGCCUACAAGCCACACAUCUCACGAAUAGUUUUACAGGAGGUCAAUCGCAUCUACCAGCUCUUCAAGGAGAGAAACCCAACGUUCCGCGGCAAGGUUAGCCUUGCUGGCCACUCUCUCGGCUCUGCGAUCAUGUUCGACAUCCUCUGUGCUCAAAAAGACGACCGCGCCGGCCGUGCCAGUCAGAGUACCACUCCUCGACGCCGACGAUCAACCCGUGACGAAGAACGCGAUCGCCUACUUCAACUCGACUUCCCGGUCUCAGACUUCUUCGCCUUGGGAUCGCCGAUCGGUCUCUUCCAGAUGCUGAAAGGACGAACCAUUGUGGGCAGAUCACAUCCCCAUGCCAGGCCCAGUCAAACUCCGUUCGGUGUUUUUGACGACCCGUUCCUUACCUCCGACCUUCCAGAAACGUCGACCACAAGCAAAUCGAGUGCAUUCCACGAAAAUACAAGAAGCUCGCCACGAGUAAACCGUGUGUUCAACGUCUUCCACCCUACCGAUCCCAUCGCAUAUCGUCUGGAGCCGUUGAUCUCCCCCGCCAUGUCCACACUGAAACCUCAACCGCUUCCAUAUACGAAGAAAGGCAUCUUCGGUGCUCCCGCAAGCCAGGGGAUAUCAGGCAUUGGCGCCCGCGUCGGCCAGAGCGUCGCCGACUACUGGACCAGCUUCGCUAGCAACAUCGCCAGCAACCUCCUGAAUCGCAGCCUGGGUAUUACUGCGGAUAAUGCGGGGAAGCUGGGCUCGCAUCUUCCGUCUUCGAUUAACCCGGCAUCGCAGCAAGCAGAUCCGAAGAACCCGUUGAAUAAAAUCGAUCCGUCUGCAGCGUCGAGCUCAGAGGCGAAAGACCAGCCCCAGGAUCAGUUGAAGCCGUUGCCGAAGCAAAAGGCGCUGAAGAAGCCUCCAAGUCUGAAACGUGCGCCGACCGAUGGCCUCACGCCAGAACAAGCCCUCGCUGCGCAGAUGCUAGAGCGCUCGGUACAAGAGGGGGAAGAUGGCGAGCGACCACCGACGCUGAUCGACUCCGGCAUGCAGACACUGUACGCUGGGUUUCAGAAACAGCAACUAGCGGUAAGCAUCGGGGUGUCAGACGGGGCGGAUGAGAAGCAGCAGAAAUCGGAUAUGGAGGAGCAGGCGAGGAGGUUGAGGAAAGAGGAGGCGAAAGUGAGGGCACUGAAUUCAAAUGGGCGGGUCGAUUAUAGCAUUCAGGAAGGCGCUUUUGACAUCUCAAUUCUUGCGAGCAUUGCUAGCCAUCUCAGCUAUUGGAGCGACGAGGACGUUUCUCAUUUCAUGAUCUCGCAAGUUCUAGCAGAUCAACGGUUCUUGAAGAAACAGAAGGAGUAGUGUUGGUAGUCAACUAUACAUUCUGUACAUGCGAACGACCUAUUCGAUUCUAAAUCGCUUUUGCAUGUCUCUUCUUAAGCGUCUAUAUAUGAGUUGAAUUAUUCGCGCUAUCGCACUCGUCUCAGUAUUAAUGAAGUCUUGCAUAUCUUAGGGAACAUCAACUCAUACUAUAGCAUCAUAUAUCGACGGCAUUAAUCACUAGCGGUU